AUGUCACCGUGGCUGGACAAGGAAAGCGAAGAAGCACACCCAAAGUUCGGUCGGGCUGUAAAACGUGCAACUGCGCGUGAUUUCUCUUCGUCGCUCGAUGCGGAUCUGUGGACGCACCUGAUCCUCCAGCGCGGUCACAAUGAACCCGUGAUCAGGAAUGCUUUGGUCACCCUCUCGUCCCUCCACAAAGGCUAUCUCUUUGGAGGGUUACACAACCAGCCGGCGAAAUUAGAUUCUACGGAAGGCCAUUCUACACGGAAUUUGUCUCUUGUUGCGAGAUCGCAUCGGCACCUGAGAAAUUACCUCUUCAGGCCUGACGCGUCCCAUGAAGUCGCACUCAUCUGCAGUAUCAUCUUUUACGCUUUUGAGUCAUUACUCGGGGAACCUGAGCGUGCAAUCCAGCAUCUUGACCACGGUUUGAGGUUGUUGAAACAGUGCCAGAGCGAGUUAGCGAUCAACAACGACAAUUUUGGACUCCCAAAGCGGCUUGUUGCGUUGUACCAACGCCUCGACGUUCAAGCUAGCUCUUUCAACGAUGCACGACGCCCAAUGUUGACUCUUUGCACCUCGGCAGAGCGAGCUGGAAGCAUCAGUAUCGUGCCGCCAUCCUUCCACGAUCUCCAUCAUGCAGAGGAGGUCCUGACUAAGUUGGAGAACUGGGUGUUACAUCACAUCAUUGAACAUGUGGACUUAAAAAGUUGCCCUUGGGACGAAUUUGCCCUGAGUAUACUGGAUGAGCGUCAAGUCCUGGCAACGCAGUUCGACAAGUAUGGAUAUGCAUUGGAACGACUUGGCACCCUCAUUGAAAUGAAAUUGCAGUGGGCAGAUCCGAUGGUGCAACAAGAGCAGAUGGCACCUUUUUUGUUCUUGCGAACACACUACUAUCUCUUCCAUUCAGUGGUGAAUGAGAAUUUGCCACGCCGGUUACAACUCAAGACGAUAUGGCAAUCAGACGAGAGCUGUCAGACCAAUGCCUGCUUUCCUAUGUGCUCUUCAGACCACAAUGGUAGCCUUCGCCUUGCUCUUUCCGAUGUGUUGAGGCUCUCGUUAAUUAAGAGCGGGAGUGUGGUACAGCCAACUGUGAAAGCAAAGGCAUCCGCCACUCUGCCCCUUCCAAGCGGUCAUAGCUCUUCGCACCGACGUACCUUUACUCUGUCCAGUCAAAUCGUCGCGGCUCUCUACUUCACGUGUCUCAAAACAACCGAUCCAGAGAUCUUCUCUCGUGCCCGUGAGGCACUUUCCUCCAUCCAUGGUCGUGAUGGACUUUGGGAUGCUGAGAUGGUAUCAUUCAUAGUGGAGGAGCUAUUCAAAAGUUAUCCUAGCAACCAACAUUCUGCUUCAUCUAGUACAACUCUAGUGUCCGACGUUGGAAGCCAGCAGGGUGAAGUUAUCUCCAACUCGAGUGGAUUUGACUCUCCCUAUCAAUUGGACCAAUUCUGUAGAGGAGCCCACGAGGGUCGCGGCACCCCACCCCAUGGUGCAGAAGCCAUGUUAGGAACACGACUUGAGGAUAUAGGAGCUGGUGUUAUUGAUGCAAGUGAUGGUCUGGAAGGAGUCCUGCAACAACUACGUGCGAAGUUGAUAAUCCGCAAGUGA